AUGAAUGGAGCCGUAGAAGCCACCAAUAAGAAUAUCAAGAAGAUUUUGAGAAAAAUGAUCGACAAUCAUCGAGGUUGGCAUGAGAUGUUGCCAUAUGCUUUAUUGGGUUAUCGGACGAAUGUCAGAAUGUCGAUUGGAGAUACUCCAUACUUGCUAGUAUAUGGAACAGAAGCAGUCAUAUCUGUUGAAGUCGAAAUACCGUGUUUGAGAAUCAUCCAAAAAGCUGAGUUAAGUAAUGCUGAAUGGGUCAGCAGGCGAAUUGAUCAACUAACUUUGAUUGAUGAGAAGAGAAUAGUUGUCGUUUUUCAUGAUCAGUUGUAUCGACAGAGAUUGAUUCGUGAUUUUCACAAGAGAGUAAGAACCAGAAUUUUCGAAGUUGGAUACUUGGUCCUUAAGCGCAUUUUCUUCAUCAAGACGAAUACAAGGGAAAAUACGCGCCAAAUUGGCAAGGACCCUACAUGGUUCACAAGGUUUAUAGCUUUGCUUCGAUAUCAGCAAAUUCCUCCGAUAGAUGAAUAUGGAGAAGUCGAGGGGAGGAGGAAGCCCUCCCUGAAUUUGACAGAUCAAGAUGAUUUUGGAGAUGAAAGAUUGCAAGCAAUAACAGAGGACAAAGGCGUUUAUAUCGAUGCAGGGCAAUAG